AUGGCGGCAUCUCUAUUCACAUACUCCUCAACCUCUCGAAGAGUCGUUCCUGCCCCAAACUCUCCUCCACUUCCAAUUCACAUCAAGGAAACCAAUGUCGUAUUCAACCCUGACAUUCCAGAGGUUCAUCGAGGUCUUGGACUCGAUGAUUUCGUCAAUUUCUUGGCUUCUUGCCGCCUCCGAUAUGCAACCAGUGAUGUCCCGUCCGAGUUCUUCCCUGAACAAGUAUGUGAGUUUUACUAUACUGCAAUAGUUAAUGAAGAAAACAAUGCCAUCACCGGAACCAUUGGUCAUGGCAGACACUCUGUCUUCAUCACCGCAGAACUUCUCAGUGCUGCUUUAAGGUUACCACUUUUCAAACCCUUUUCUGAACCUCCAACUAUUGAAAGAUGUAAACGAAUGUUUGAUCAACUGGGCUAUGAUCAUUCAAAGGCUGGUACUCGAUCAACUCUUAUUUUGCGUCAGUGCAUGACCCCAGGCUGGAAGUUUUUCACUGGUGCUUUAUGCAAGUGUGUGGGCCACAAGUCUCGCAGUGGUGAUCAAUUGAGAAUUUAUGAGCAACAAGUCGUCUACUCCCUUCUUCUCAACAAAAGAUUAGAUUAUGGGGCACUAUUCUUUGAUCAGCUUGUUCAGCUUCUACGUGCAAAUGUACGUGCUGAUCAUGUUCCCUUUCCACGCUGGAUUGCCCUGGUGUUCGACAAAUUCUUCGCUGCUGACUACUUUUCUCACUCUGGGAAUCCAAUCCAAUGCCCUCGAAUGUCCGUUCGUAUGUAUCAGGAUGAUCCUUUGGAUACUGACAUUGGAAUCUCUGAUAGGAUGAGAGAAUGGAUCGCCCAUCCAUACACUAUGCCUUCUCUCACUGCUGACACUGAUGAAGUAGGUGCUGAUGGUGAUCAUUUGGAUCAUGCUGAUCAAGAGGUGGAACAUCAUGAUAGCGGCCAUUUCUCCCCUCAACUUUCUCAUCACCUCAUCUCGGCCACUGGCAAAGCCUCCUCAGCACCACAGGAUUCCAUGCCUCUGGGGGGGCAACCAUCACAGGGGGAGCAUCAGUCUCAGGGGGAGCAUCCAUCACCAGCAGCUCACCACUUCUCUCCAAGGAUGCAACCUAGCUCUCCAGUUGCUCCAGAUACCUCAACGGUUCAAAUUCCUGCUUCAGCAUUUUCUGAACUGAUGUCACUGACUCAGGACAUGAGUCAGCGUCUGCUUUGUAUUGAGGCUGAUGUUCAACAAAUCAAGGAGGUUCUCUUACUUACUCCUCCCUCUAGUCCCAAAUCUAAUGAUGUUCAAAAAGGGGGAGAUAAUGAUGAUGAUGCUGAUGCUGAUGAUCAUGCUGAUGGUGAACCAAAUGCUCAUGCUGAUGGUGAACCAAAUGAGAAAGACACAGAACCUGGUGACAACACUAUCUUUCAGCAUGAAUCACCCAACCCCAUUCCUGAAUCUGAUUCUGCGGGGCAUAAUAGUCCAGCAGCUACUGAAAAAUUGUUUGACAAUAGUGAGCAUGAUGACGAACAUGAAUCUGAUUCUGCGGGGCAUAAUAGUCCAGCAGCUACUGAAAAAUUGUUUGAAGACAGUGAGCAUGAUGAACCUGAUGAUGAAUGUCAAAUUCUUGACAUGAACUUCAUUGAUCCUCUCAUUCCUGUUCAGCAAGAAAGCUUAGAUGAUCUUGAAGAAUCUCAUCUGAUAUUAGCCGAUCCUAUUGCUGAUUCCAUCAUUCCGGUCCAAGGAGACGAUUCGGACAUUGCAAAAACCAAAGUCCAUUGUUAG